UUAAUUUCAUCACUAGUUGUUUAAAAAUCUUCUUCUUCAAGCAAAUUAAAAUCUUAUUCGAAAAUGUCUUGCUGUGGAGGAAACUGUGGUUGCGGAGCUGGCUGCAAGUGCGUUGGAUGCGGAGGUUACAAAAUGUACCCAGACUUGAGCUUCUCCGGCGAGACCACCACCACUGAGACUCUUGUCCUCGGCGUUGCUCCGUCGAUGAACUCUCAGUACGAGGCUUCCGGCGAGACUUUCGUUGCCGAGAACGAUGCCUGCAAAUGCGGAUCUGACUGCAAGUGCAACCCUUGCACCUGCAAAUAGAUAACCACAUAAACCCCUAAGAGUUGCAAUAAACCUUUAUGUUAUGUUUAAUAAUGGCUGAUUUCUCCGGUUGUUUUGCCGGUGACAGUGAGUCUUGUCCUUCUGUGUGUGUGUUUUUUUGGUUUGGUCAUGAGACAUCUCUGUAAGCUUUAUCUCUGCGACUAUAUAUAAGCCAAAAGUAUUAUGGGUCCGAGUCUUAAGUU